CACAGUCAGACACGAACAGACUGGUUGAGUGGCAACACACUACGAGAGGGGGAACACAUCUGUGGAAUUGGAAUGAGCUGUUUAAGGGAGCCCUAGCUAGCCUCCCUCUGAGCCUAGGAAGUGUGUAACGUGAGACAAGCUGCGCCUAUUCUCUGUGAGUAGUUCUGAAAGCACAAGGGGGAAAUACCAUAUCUAGAACAUUGACUCCCUUCAAACCCCUGGAGCUGUGACUGUCCUGAGGAGAACUCUCCCCUCACACGUACUCGCCAACGGACCGUGGAGGUGUGAGAAGAGCCGUGGCGAUAAGCAGCUGACGUGAAACAGACGAAGAACAAGGAAGAAGAGAGUAAAAAGAGAGAGAGGGGUAGGAGAAGAAAAUGGAGGCCUUGCUUCCUGUGUUGCAGCGGCACACUGGACUGUCUGUGUUGGUGUGCGCUCUGAUGUUCCGGGUGGCCCACCGACUACUACAGAACCUGCCUGUGCCCAAAGUGGUGGCGGUGGAUGACUUCCGCUCCUGGAAGUGGAGGAACCUCUCGGUCUCUAUGGUCCACUCCCUCCUGACAGGGACUUGGGCUGUGACCUGUGUGAUCAUCUGGCCUGAGAUGGCAACCAACAUUCACUCCUUCUACACGGCCCCAGCCUACAUACUCAUCUGCAUCUCAUCAGGAUACUUUGUUCAGGAUGCAGGUGACAUCAUCCUAACUGGACACGCAAGAGGAUCCUGGGAGUUCUUAAUUCAUCAUGUCCUGGUGCUCUGGUGCUUCCUGUAUUCUCUGUACUCGCACCUCUACGUGGCAGGUGCUGUGGUGGCUCUCUUUGUGGAGGUUAACAGUGUCACCCUGCAUUUGAGGCUAAUGCUGAAGCUAGCAUCACAGCAGUCGUCCCCUCUGUACCAAAUCAACAAGUUCCUCAACGUCUUCACAUAUGUCGUCUUCCGCCUCAGCGCACAGUUCUACCUCACGUAUUACAUCGUCCAGAACUACUCCUGGAUGGACAAAGGAGGCUACUUCCUGGUUACCAUGACCCUCAUGAACACCAUGAUCUUGAUCUACUUUUAUCGUCUUCUCCGUGCCGACUUCUUCCCCCGGAGCAGGCCUAGCAUGGCGCUAAAUGGCACACACAACGUCAAAAAGUUCUUCACUGAAUGACACCGAGAGCGACAUGGCUGUAAACUGGCGGUUGUGUUUGUUUUUUGUUUUGUUCGGUUACUGAUAUCAUUCCUCAUCAAGACGUCUUAUCUGGAUGCAUUGUCAAGUUGUGUCUUCACAACAACAACCAUAACAGAGCUCUUUUUUCUCAACAGCUCGUGUUGUAGUGAGAGGCAGCCAGGAAAGGAUGGGGACAGUGGUACAUUCCCUAUGUUUCUCUACUGAUGAUUAUGCCCACUGUGGCUGUAGAUCCCUCACAGACACCCAAACAGGGCAGCAUAGAGUUAGAGACUGGUCCAUUCACACUGGCUGGGAGAAUCCUACUAACUUACCUCCAGGAUACUGUGCCACUUUUGCUUCUGAUCAUAGCUAAUACAUUUAUUUAAAAUAUAGGAAUGUAUGUGAUUCAUGUGGAAUGCUCUUUAACAGAAAAAAUACUUAUAAAUGCUAACAUAAUUUUGUGAAUAUAUACAGUAGAGAAACAAACUGCCAAAGAUAUAUCAGGCAUCACCUUGGUGUUGUACAUCCCACCCCACAAACUCGGUCAGCUGUAGCUUAGCAACAUAGUUUUAUUGAAAUUUCCACUAAUAGGAUUUUGUUAUAUAUACAGUAUAUACUAUUCAUAACUAUAGUACAAUCAAUAUUUUUGACAUUGUAACAAACUGUCAGACAACAUCAUUUUACUUUCAUUCUUCCCUGCUUGGUCUCAACAGGUCAACACCAAUAUGUGGGUGACCAGCAUUCUUACAACAGCGACCAUUCAUUCCAUAAAUCUAACAUAGUGAAAUGCAUGUAUCCCAUUGAAAGUAGCUGAAUGUACGGCCAGGUCUACAUUUUCUUGAGGUUCCAAGAAUCACUUAUAUUUCUCUUUAAAUGAUUUAUCAAAGUGAGCCAAACUAAAACGGACAGCUCCAGAGGAUGGGUUAGCAAUGGGUUUUGGUAAGUCAUAGUAGUGCCUAUACCACAGUUCCUUCUCAACAACCUUCGCUAGAUAGCCCGUUCAGUAUGUUUAUAGAUGCAGUGUUGGGGAAGAUACCAAUUACUUCACAUUAGAAGAAGUUAAGGUGGACUAAAGCUACCCUUAAGAAAAAUAUUGUUUCUGUAACUAACGUUACUUUGAAAAAGUAGUACAUUUUUCAUGAAGUAGUUUAGAUGAAGUUAUGUAAAUUUGAAAUGUCAUAGACUCUACAAAUUGCAAGAACAGAUGAUCACUUUGGGGUCAUAUGGUAACAUAAAGUGUAAUUUAACAUAUUAAACGCGACAAUGUUUCCAGUGUGAACGAGGCAGGUCUGAUGCUGAAAAAGAAAGGAAAUGAUUGGUGAAGUAGACAAUCUUAUAUUUUUGCAAAUAAAAGUAGUGUGUAGUUCCAGUAGUUACAGUUGAAGUCGGAAGUUUACAUACACCUUAGCCAAAUACAUUUAAACUCAGUUUUUCACAAUUCCUGA